UUGAGCACAAAAUGAGUCAAUUUGAGUAACAAAUGAAGUCAUACCGGAAGAAGUAAGCAUUUUAUCAAGGUGAUCCAGAAGGCAAUCUUGGAGAGCAAGAAACGCGGGAUUUAUCAGACGAAUUUGGCGGAGGGCGCCCAAAUAGGCGCCCAAUAUGGCCGCCUGGCUGGCCGCCUACGGUAUAUCAAAGUCAACGCUCCAGUUUGACCCGAACCUGUAGAAGACAGAAAGCGGCCGACGGAGGAAGGAAGGCGGCCGCCCUUCGUGGCCGCCUGCGGCACAACGGGACAAGGCCAACCACCGGCCGGUGCGACUUGACGGCAGGCGGCCAGACAGGAACGGCAGGCGGCCGCCGUCUGGACCGCCUGCGGCUGACGUUGACGGGCUCACGUCGACCUGCCGGUGAAGACAACGGAAGGCGGCCAAUUUUGGUGGAAGGCGGCCGCCCUCUAUGGCCGCCUACGGCUGACGGAGACCAGCCCACGUGUCGUUGCCGGCGAGUUGACGGCAGGCGGCCAGUUGCUGCCGGAAGGCGGCCGCCUGCCCGGGCGCCUUCGGGGAAAUUUUUCCUAUAAAUUGCCCGAUUUUUCCUCAACUCAAACACACCACUUCCAACCCUAAAUCAGUUCAAAACACCUUCUUUCUUCCUCCAUUUUCGAGCUCCAAGGGUCUUAGAGAGAGAGAAACUUCAAAUCUUCAUAUCUUCUUCAUUUUAGCUCCAAAUUAUGUAUGGAGGAGGUGACGACCCCAUCUUUGAGGAUUCACCACUAGGAAGGGAAGAUCCGCCGCCUCAGCCCGAUAUCCCCUUUGCCACUAUCGCAGACCGCAGACGCUUUCAGGUAUGGGGACAGUACCGCACUCUCCUGGCUCCCAUGAUCUUAGACCAGGAGAUGCUCGAGGAGUGGGGAUACUGGAGUGAUAUUGAUGCUCUGCUGGGAGACUCUUUGUGGCGGAGGAUUCUACUCAUACAGGAGAGGGCCAGUCUCCCGUUGACGAUAGAGUUCUUGUGCUCUCUACAGUUCACUCACUAUGGCCAGACUGUGCAGGAGAGUUCUGUCAUUGGGUCGGAGACUCAGAUGAGAUUCACUAUUAGGGGCAUUGAGCACUCCAUCUCUGUGGCUGAGCUCGGAUGGAGGAUGGGGCUCUAUGCUCCGGCUUACACCCAGACGGAGGAGUUCCGUGCUCUCUCGACCCGUCUACCCGAGGCUUUUGACGUUGAGGAGUUCUGGCGCCGACACUCCACAGACACCAGGUCGUUUCUCCGGCAGCAUCCCCAUUCGAACAAAUGGAGAGAGACUCACUGGUAUAUACUCUCAUUUGUACUCUCCUGUGGUCUUUUUGGGCGACCUCAUAACACAAACAGGGUGUCCAAAAAGGACAUUUUAUUCUUUUGGAGUCUGAUUCACCGUACCCCGGUGAAUAUGGCGGUCCUUAUGGCUCGUUUCUUCCGGAGCCAGGGGAAGACUGUCCGCCGCACUAUCCAGGCAGGGCCUUUCAUCACUACUCUCGUUAGAUCAUUCUACCCAGAUCUAGACAUUCCGGGGCUACUGCACUUACAGGAUAGCAUCCGCGUUCUUCGAUCCUCUUCCUUUACCAACAUGAGGAUCAAGAAGAAGCGGAAUACUCAGGAGCUCCCAGGUAUUGAGCAGCCGACCCGGCAGGGUAGUUCUUCUCGACCCUCGGGACAUGAGGGAUCUAGCGAGCCCUUUUCAGACAUGCCUAGCGCCGCAGAUUGGAGAGCGAUGAUGGAGGGGAUGCGGAGUCUCCAGACUUCAGUUGUUGAGAUACGAGAUGCACAGGAGAGAGGAUUCCAGGAGAUGCGAGAUGCGCAUGCGACGGCCCUAGGAGAGUUCAGAGACUUUCGAUUAGCUCAGGAGAGAGCCACCCGGGAUAUGCAGGAGGAGUUAGAGACCCAGAGGCUAGAUAUUGAUGAGAUGAGAGACUGGCUUAGGCCACACUAUGGCCCUCGGGAUUACGCAGGCGAUGCUUAGUUUUGCUUCUUCCUUGACAUUUUUUUUAUUGUGUUUGUUUGUUUCUUCAGGUUGGACAUUGCGCUGCUCUUUUGACUUGAAUGCUCUUACAAACUGACUAUGGAUGAUGUAAGGAUUUUAAAAAACCAUUUUACUCCUGUUUCAUUAUUCCUCUUCACAAAAUCUUUUCAAAACUCAAGUGUGAGGAAAGAACCAAAAAAAAAAAAAUGUGCCUUUAUUUCCCAAUUUUGUGCCUCAAAAGAAGACCUCGAGGGCGAGGUCCAGCUCAAGUGUGAGGAGGUUGCGUUUUACACUCAAAAGCUAAAACCUUAUUUUAGAACAAUCUUUUUACUAUUUUUGACAUGAAACAUUAAUUUCUCAAUUUGUUAUCAAUCUCAUAAAUAGCUUAGAUAAUCACCCUUAUUAUAAGAAUUUACUUUUAUUAUUAUUUAGAAAACUUGAAUUUGUUAUGGGUUUUUGGUUGUGAAUGUAAAGGGCUGAAUUUGUUUUAAUUGGACAUUCAUUUUAUUCAUUAAAACAAAAAUGUUAGUAUUAAUAAAACUCCAAAACUCAUUGUUAUAGGACAAUUCCAUCUCCGAAAAGGGGCUCUGUUUCAUUCGUUAAUCACAGUCUGUGAGAAUGAAAUAUGCAUUUACCAUGGGAUAACACCGCCAACAAGAGUGAAAAAGAGCAAAAAAAAAAAAAAAAAAAAUAGUGAACAAGAUGAAUGUCCCAAUUAGAAUAAUGAAAACCUUGGGAUAAGGAAUUGAUUGGUGGUUUAACAUAAUAAAUAGUUUUUCUUAAGUAAUACUAAUUUUAAACUCUUGUAUUUUGGGUGAUUUUUCUAAAAUGUUUAAAGAUUGAGAAUAAAAAGAAGAGGUUUUUGUUUCUACUUCUUUAAAAUAGCAAUUAGAUUGUAAUACAGUUAGACUUUACCUUUUGAGUGUGUUUACAACUAAUUCGUCACUUGAGGACAAGCAACGCUUAAGUGUGAGGAGAUUGAUAAGUCCAUUUUUGUACUUAUUUUUCUUAUCAAAUUUAAGCGAUUUUUGAAUAAAAAUAGAAAGAAAAGGCAUGUUUUAGAUAUUUUGGUUCAAGUUUCAUGAAAUCAGGUGAAAAUCACAUUCAUAAUAUGUUUGCCGGGAUUUCGGGUCAAUUGAGCACAAAAUGAGUCAAUUUGAGUAACAAAUGAAGUCAUACCGGAAGAAGUAAGCAUUUUAUCAAGGUGAUCCAGAAGGCAAUCUUGGAGAGCAAGAAACGCGGGAUUUAUCAGACGAAUUUGGCGGAGGGCGCCCAAAUAGGCGCCCAAUAUGGCCGCCUGGCUGGCCGCCUACGGUAUAUCAAAGUCAACGCUCCAGUUUGACCCGAACCUGUAGAAGACAGAAAGCGGCCGACGGAGGAAGGAAGGCGGCCGCCCUUCGUAAUUUAGAAUAAAUACUAGAAAAAAAGGAAAAAAAUGAGUUCGGC